AUGGGCGUGCGCAACUGCCUCGACGGCAAUAAUAUGUCAGGACAACGCGAUAACCCCCUUGAACUCGGGGAACAGCCCGAGCAACCACCUUUGGAGGCCCCAGGGGCAGCUGCCCCCGGUGCUGGGCCUGGCCCAGCCGAAGAGAUGGAGACCCCACCGCCUCACAGCGAGCCCAUCCCCAUCGAGACUGAAGGCGAAGCCUGUGGACCCCCAGAGGUCUCCAGACCCAACUUCCAGGACCUCGGCCAGGCCUUCAAGGAAGCCGGGGCCCAUGGAGGGUACAGCCCACCUCCCGAGGAAGCCAUGCCCUUCGAGGUCGAACAGGCCAGCUUGGGAAGCUUCUGGCCUACCCUGGAGCAUCCUGGAGACACCACUGGGACCAGUGCAGGCCUUGAGGCCUUCAGCCCACCGGUCAUGGAGCCCGGAGCCUCCCAUGAGGCCGUUCCAAGCCUGGGAAGCUACAGCCCUCCACCAGAAGAAGCCAUGCCUUUUGAGUUUGAGCAGCCUGACCAGGGAGACAACCAACCUCCCUUGCAGGUCUCAGACCUUGCUCCAGGAGGCCCAGGUUCGGUGGUCUUCAGGGCUCCUCCCGAGGAGCCCCGAGCCAUCAGACCUGCAAACGCAGGCAUCAGAGGAGGAUGCAGCCCUCCCCACAAGGAGGAUCUGCCAUUCGAGUUUGAUGGAGCAGCCUUGGGGGACGACAGCCCACCCCCUGGGCUCCCCCGAGCUAUCCCACAGAUCGACGGCGGUGGGGGCAGCCAGAUCACGACAGUCGCGGUCUCGAGUGCGAUCCUCCUCGCUCCCGCCGCGAACGAGCCCCCCCUCUGGGUCCCCGGCAUCAUCGGCAGCCCAUCUCGAGAGGCUCUCAGACCUCCUCCACACUUCGCGGGAGACAGCCCCCCGAUGGAGGUCUCCAGACCCCCGCGCGAGGUUGGCAGCGCCCCCGUUGGGGUCGAUGACGCUCCCGGCGACAUGGACAGCCCCCCAGUCGCGCCUGACGUUCUGCGCAUCGAGGUCUCCGGAGCUCCCGUUGAGAGAGAGCAAGCAGAGGGAGAGAGACCCCCAGCUGAGGGAGAAGCAGCCGAGAUGGAGGGAGGCUCAGCCACCACUGCCGCGGAGGGAGGCAAGGUCCCCGAUCCCGGGGACGGAGCCCCUGCCGCUGCCACCGAGGCAGCACUGGCCGCUCCAGCCGCCGAGGCAGCCUCGGCUGCUCCAGACCCCCCAGCCGCUGGAGCAGCCCCUGCCGCUCCUGCCGCCCCAGCCGCUCCUGCCGCCCCAGCCGCUUCUGUCGCUGGGGCAGCCCCGGCCGCUCUUGUCGCCAGGGGAGCCCCUGUUGGCCGAGCGGCUCCUGUCCCCCGGGCAGCCACUGUCCCCCGGGCAGCCACUGUCCCCCGGGCAGCCUCCGUCCCCCGGGCCACUCCUAUCACCUGGGCAAACCCCGCCUCGGGAGCCCGACCCGAGAUCAGUUUCCUUAGACCCCCAAGCCCAGAGAUCCAGGCUGCCGAUCCGCCUGUUCCGCAGCCUCCGCGCGCAUCUGCCUGGCGGGGCAGGUCAGAGCCCAGCUGCUGUUACCUCUACGACGACCAGAUAUCGGUCAGCAGCGACAGCGGAGACGAAUCCGACGAUGGGACCUUCGGAUGCCGCCGCUGGUUUUCGUCCAAGCGAAACCGCCGCCGCCGAAAGCCCCGGCGCAACUUGCUCCACAACUUCCUCGUCCGGGUCUUCCGAGGCUGCGUCUUCGGAUCCGAGAGCCCCCAGUUCAGAGGCUCCUUCAGCCCCAAGGUCAAGAAGGUUGCCUUGGCGGAGAAGCGCAGACAAGACCGCAAGGAAAACGCGGGGAAGCGUGGCCAGAAGUGGUCCGAGAAGAGACACAGCCAGCUCACCAAGCAACUCCAGAACAAGAAGAUGGACAACUCGCAUACGCACCGCAUGCUGUUUCUAGGUGCUGGAGAAUCUGGUAAAAGCACCAUUGUGAAGCAAAUGAGGAUCCUGCAUGUUAAUGGGUUUAAUGGAGAUGAGAAGGCCACCAAAGUGCAGGACAUCAAAAACAACCUGAAAGAGGCCAUUGAAACCAUCGUGGCCGCCAUGAGCAACCUGGUGCCCCCUGUGGAGCUGGCCAACCCGGAGAACCAGUUCAGAGUGGAUUACAUUCUGAGCGUGAUGAACGUGCCGGAUUUUGAUUUUCCUCCCGAAUUCUACGAGCAUGCCAAGGCUCUCUGGGAGGAUGAAGGGGUGCGUGCCUGCUAUGAGCGCUCCAACGAGUACCAGCUGAUUGACUGCGCCCAGUACUUCCUGGACAAGAUUGAUGUCAUCAAGCAGGAUGACUACGUGCCCAGCGACCAGGAUCUGCUUCGCUGCCGUGUCCUGACUUCUGGAAUCUUUGAGACCAAGUUCCAGGUGGACAAAGUCAACUUCCACAUGUUUGACGUGGGCGGCCAGCGCGAUGAACGCCGCAAAUGGAUCCAAUGCUUCAAUGAUGUGACUGCCAUCAUCUUCGUGGUUGCCAGCAGCAGCUACAACAUGGUCAUUCGGGAGGACAACCAGACCAACCGCCUGCAGGAGGCUCUGAACCUCUUCAAGAGCAUCUGGAACAACAGAUGGCUGCGCACCAUCUCUGUGAUUCUGUUCCUCAACAAGCAAGAUCUGCUGGCUGAGAAAGUCCUUGCUGGAAAAUCGAAGAUUGAGGACUACUUUCCAGAAUUUGCUCGCUACACUACUCCUGAGGAUGCGACUCCCGAGCCCGGAGAGGACCCACGCGUGACCCGGGCCAAGUACUUCAUUCGAGAUGAAUUUCUGAGAAUCAGCACUGCUAGUGGAGAUGGGCGCCACUACUGCUACCCUCACUUCACCUGCGCUGUGGACACCGAGAACAUCCGCCGUGUGUUCAACGACUGCCGUGACAUCAUCCAGCGCAUGCACCUCCGUCAGUAUGAGCUGCUCUAA